UCUGGGUCUCAGCGCGAUGGAAGAGGCAACCAUUGCUCCUGUGGUGCCGUCCGAGCCGUCCGAUCCGCACCAGCUCAUGCACGCGCUGCUUGCUGAGGCACUGCGACUGGAUGCUGCACCGUCAGACACCCUGGGCGAUGCUGCAGGAGGCGGAGGAGGAUCAGCAGGAGCCGCUGAGGAUCGUUCGCAGAGCGUUCUGCUGCCGCCGUUGGCCGCCAUGUCGCUCCGACAGCAGUCUAGCAACAUUGCACAGCAGCUGGAGAUUGCGUUCAGCAACCGGUCUGACCGUCUGCUGGUCGUGACGGAUCUCGCCCUGUUCGUUCUGACAUUAGGUGCUCCGGGACUGUCAACCGAUGUCGCAGGUCGCACCACGCGCAGACAGUUUGGGGUGUUUGAUCACGUCGAGACGAUCGGAUCCGAAGUGUGGAUGACGCUGAACGCGCGCACGCCAAAUCCCGGCCAAGUUGCAUUGGGCGACGAGAUUCCGGACUGGCCUGCACCGCCGAACUGCCCCGAGCCGAAUCCUGCUGUGGCCCAGGCACGCUUGUCGGAGAUUGCCGCUUGCAACGCGCUCAUGUUGGAUCAAGCCUAUCUCAAGCAGACUGCGACGUCGACUUCCAAGAGCGCUGCGUUUGUCGAGCCGGUCGCGCCGACUCGGGCAGCACGGAACGAUUCCAACGCGCCGCUCGAGUCGGAACGGGCAUUCGCCUCUGCAACUGCCCGAACGUGUGAUGUGCACGGCUUUGGAUUCCGCUCCGCGUGCUGGAGUCCGGACGACACCAAGAUUGCCGCGCUGUCCACGUCCUUCAAGUUGGCAUUGUUUGGGGAGGUCGGAUUGCAAGCAGGGGGUGUUCGAAAGGCAGCCAGCAGUGCUACCUCUGGCGUUUCGCCAUCAUGGGUGCCGUUGCUCGUGCUGUCCGAUCUCAUGCUGCAAGCGUGCUGGCAUGUCGACUUUGGCUUGCCGCUCACUCCAUCCGCUGCAAUGUUCAGCGUACUGGUGACCUCCAACCUGCAGCAGCAGCAACAACAACAUUCACAACAACGACAAGAUGCUUCAAUGCAAGUGGACGAUACCAGCCCAUCCAGCACUUCAGUUGUCGGAUUUGACGUUCGAGUGCAGGGGCCGCGCAAUGCCACCCGGGCCGAGCUCAUUUCAGACAAAACCAACCCGAUUCCAUUGCAGCACAACAUGUUUGUCGCCAACACGUGCACUGCCCUCUGCAUGGCGUUCACCCAAGCGGUCGUUAGUAUCAAGGUGGAGAACUUGAACGCAAACGCGUUUGUGCGAGCAAGCCCGCUCCAUCCGGACACCAUUCGAGGGGGUCCUCUCAUUUCGACGACCAGCUCGACGGAUUCAAGCUCGACUGCUGUGGCACCAAAUGCCCCAGUCUUGCCGCCGACCCCGGUGCUUGGCACUGCGACAAAACGACAAUCCACGCCGAUGGCUGCCUCGCGCGUCCAGCCUACUUUCGAGUUUGUGCCAAGCGGUUCGUCUGCACGACGAGGGCGGCCCCGUAAGCCAGUUUUGGAAGCAACCCCACCGCCCAAGCGAGGCCGUCCGCCAAAGUCAAGUUCCGCUGCAUCUACCCCGACGAGUUCGGCCAAGGCUUCGCCCACCAUCAAGGAUUUGCUCAUGGGUCAAGCUGCAUCCCGGAAGCGACCGUCAAAGCCCGCGUUGCCGGAAUCGCCGACCGUUGGUCGCGCCUCGAAAAGACCGCGCUUAGACGUUGAAGACGAUGACAAUGACAGCAACGCUAAUGAUAGUGAUGAGAAUGGCAGCGGCGACGACAAUGACGACAAGGACAACGAUGCUGAUAUCACUCAGGUAGAUCAGAGUCAAGACGACGAAACUGCCAGCGGUCGCGAUCAAAGCGCUGGCGAGACACCCGGCGAUCAGGCAAACCACGCCACCAACGGCAACCCGGCCAAUGGAUCAAUUGACAGCUAUGCAGGCGAGGUAUCGGCUGUUGCUGAAUCCCAGCCAGAGGUGGUUGAAAUGGUCAGCGAUUGCAAUCUCCUUCCGACGUCUGUUUCCUACAAGGAGCUUGACUGCAGUUUGCUGUGCGUCGGAACUAGAAGUGGUCAUGUAAACUUGUGGCGGAUUCCGCCGGCGUUGGAUGAGGUGGAUUUGCGCCGGGCAGCGUCAGAUGCCGACGCUCCACCCCAGUCUUCUCCUCCUCCACCUCCUCCUUCGCUGGACGCCAUGGCAAUGCCGGUCUUAACCUUUCUCGCUUCAGACUCGUGGGUGAAUUGUCUUUCUUGGUGCCCUGGAAAUCGCCUGUCCGAGCUUGGGCAACCAGACAGCUCUCCGCGGCUUGCGGUUGCGUCAAGCAAUGGGCGGGUUGUGGUUUGGGAUUUGGAGUUGCAGCGUCGGCCGGAUGCCGACCCCGCUGCUGACUGGUCCCCGGCCACGAUUUGCGGUGCCGAUAACGACCCUGUAGUUAGCAUGAGCUGGCAGCUACGAGGCGAGGGGCCUGUGCUCUCCGUCGUCCUCUCCGUCGUCAAGCAGCAUCGCAUCCAUUAUUUUACCUGUGGCAAAAGCUGGUCCACAGCCGCCCCGCACUCUGGCAUCGCUGCUUCCAGCGUGUCCCCGGUUAUCUACUCUGUGGAUACCACGGAUCAAAUCUGUGCCACAAGUUUGGCUGGAAGCUGUCGCCUGGCACCUCUUUUUGAGCCGGGGGUGUCUUGUCUUGGCACCGCCCUUUCCGCCAACGGGCUUGUGUUGGCGAGCGUGACUUCGAGCUAUGCCAACAAGGCAAGUCUGACUGGAGUGCUUCGUGUGCAGCUGCACAUGGUUCCGGUUGCCACAAGCGACUUUCGCGCGUUUUUGUGGGCAUGCCUUCCGGUUGCUUUGGCCCCAAGAGCAUCACCGCAUGGUAUCGCAGAUAUGGUGCUGCUCGCACGAUUGCACGUUCUAACGAGUCCGGCCAUUGCCUCCGACCAUUUCGCUGUUCUGGGUUUGCUGCUUCAAACGACCCAACCUUCAGUCACGCAGCUCAACGAGUACGGCAUCAAACUCAUCCAGUGUGGAAAUGCCCUGCAGGCGCAAGGCUUUGAUACACCACUGGGUGAUGCAAACUUGCUCGCUUCUGCGAUCAACCGGCCCCUCCUCCAAGCUGUGCAUUGCAUUCGCGUUAUUGAGCAACUUGAAGAUUAUCAUGAGCUACUUUCCGCUGAUCUGGUUUGCGUUCGGUUGAUGGUGCACAUUGUACACGCGACACUCGCCAUCCAUGCAUCACAACUGGCCAAGCUUGCCAAUGUGGAGAGUACUUGCGCUGUCCUGCGCGCGGCUUAUUUGAAGCUGAGCGCGGUGCUGCCUGAAUCAGCGCAAGCCAGCUUGAGAGCGCAGGCGGAUUUAGUGUCGCAAAACGCGAGUCUUGUCGUCAAGUCUGAAUUGGACGAGGGCUCGAUCAAUGUUCCCGUCUGCGAAAGUGUUGAACAGUGUCCAAUCUGCCACUCUGAUUUGCGCUGCACUGUAUAUCUGGAAGGUGUUUGUGCGAAAGGACACUCGUUCGCCCGCUGCCCUGUUACUUUGGUCCCGCUGGCCAAGCCAGGCGCAGUGUGCGCACAAUGCGGGGUGGAGCGCAGUGCUCUGUUCACUGGAGAUGUGCCCGACGCACAAAGCCCUUGGCUCGCCCAGUUGCUUCGGGACGCGAGCAGCUGUCUGUUUUGUGGCGGCUCCUGGAGCUGCAGAAUUUAACACCCAGCAGCUUGACGAAUUGCAAGGGGCACGAGUUAUGGAUGUGCAGUUUUGUGGGCUGUAUUUUGUUUGUUUGUUUUUUUUUUGUUUUAUUCGCUUUGAACCAAUCUGAACAUGUUGAAUCUUCACGACCCAAGCAUCACUGGCCGUGUUGCGGCGGGGUGAAUGCG